CGGACACGGAGCAAUGGAUCCAAACUACAAGAAAGAAGAUUCCACCUAAACAUUAGGAAGAACUUCCUGACAGUAAGAGCUGUUCGACAGUGGAAUUUGCUGCCAAGGAGUGUGGUGGAGUCUCCUUCUUUGGAGGUCUUUAAGCAGAGGUUUGACAACCAUAUGUCAGGAGUGCUCUGAUGGUGUUUCCUGCUUGGCAGGGGGUUGGACUCGAUGGCCCUUGUGGUCUCUUCCAACUCUAUGAUUCUAUGAUUCUAUGAAUAUGAUUUCUCUAGAGCAAAAACUGGAAUCAAGGUUAGUUACUGCAGUGCUCCUGUCGAGACACUUCUUGCAUAAUGUCUGUGGUGCAAUUGAUAAUGAGUAACAUACAGGAAGCCCUCAACCUUUGCAGGGGUUGUGUGCCGAACAUUGCGCCUGAAGCCAAAAUCAUGUAUAGCCAAAACUCAUUGGCUGCAAUGGUGGGUGAGAUUGCCAAAGUUUUCCCCUCCUUUCUGCCCCUUUUUUAUCUGCAGUGGUACCUCGGGUUAAGUACUUAAGUUGUUCUGGAGGUCCGUUCUUAACCUGAAACUGUUCUUAACCUGAGGUACCACUUUAGCUAAUGGGGCCUCCUGCUGCUGCUGCGCCGCCGGAGCACAAUUUGUGUUCUCAUCCUGAAGCAAAGUUCUUAACCUGAGGUACUAUUUCUGGGUUAGUGGAGUCUGUAACCUGAAGCAUCUGUAACUCGAGGUGCCACUGUAUUUGUUAAAGUUUUGCCAAGCGUGUAAAGCUGAAUGUGCACAAAUUAAAUGUGUGCAGGUUGCAGGAUUACUGUACAUCCCUACUCUUCUCCCUCUCGGACUUUUUGCACACAACACAUGUGCUCUGCUACCUAGCUACAGUCCUCCUUGCAAAUUACCUGUGCUGGGUUCUUUUUUAACGGUUGAUAAAGGGUGUGUGGGUGUGUGAAGAUAUUUGCAUAUGACCCGUCAUACAACUUUAUCCCGAUUUCCUAUGUAAUAUAACUUUUUAUGUAAUUAGGAAUUUCAAUAAAAUACAGUUAGAGUAUUAAAAUUCUGCAAAAAUAGAAUUAAAACAAGCACACUUUUCAAAUAGAGGAACUUAUCCAUUUGUUUUAUUAGCUGCUGCUUCUUUUAAAAUUAAAGAAGAGAAUGAAAAAUACAGAAUAGAUUUCAUAAUAGCUUUCCUGCAUCUGUGUAGGGAUGAUGUAGGUGAAACCCUGACCAGCACCCAGUCUCUUGUCCCUGAAACACCCAUUCUCUCUUCUGCCUUCUCUGCCUCCCGGGGGCUCUUUAGCAGGCGCCUCUCCUGGAAUCAGCCGCUUGCCAUGAGCGCCAGAGAAAAUCCUGCAGCUGAAGCCCCAUAGGCAGCAAAGUGCCCUUGGAUUGCUGCUUGGCCCUGGAGAGAUAAACAAGCCCAGAUCAUUACUGCUUGAUAAUUUUUGAGGCAGAACAGCUGUGGCAACAGAAAAUGUUGGCGGCAGCAUCUCCCACACCCACAACUUGGGGAGGAAAUAUUCCUGAGGAAGGCUUUCUUCUUAUCAGAUCUGGGCAAAUUUUCCAGGCUUGGCCUCUAUCUUGUCCCAAGAGUUUUGCCUCUUCAGCAAAACUGUGGGUGAAGCAAAGGUUGAAGCCUGACUCUCUGGCGUUCCUCAUCCUCCGCAGGCUUCUCAUUUUCUGCAGGCCACAUUCGGUGGGUGGGACUGUCCCCCCCCCAAGUUCAAGGAUAAUAAUAAUAAUAAUAUUAUAAUAAUUUAUUAUUUCUACCCUGCCCAUCUGGCUGGGUUUCCCCAGCCACUCUGGGUGGCUUCUAGCAAAAGUUUAGAAAGGAUUUAGGCCCAAAGUGGAAAACUCUUAUCCCGUUUAUUCCCCUUAACACAGAUUAGAUGUUUAAGUACAAAUUGGAGAUGGGCUCCUAGCAUAGGAGGCUCCUUUUCGUUUCCCUCUCUCAAAGAGUGGAUGGGCCUUUAGCAGCUAGAUGUCCAUGAGGGAUUGGAGCAAAUAGCACUUUCAGUGACCGGUUGAAUCUUCUCCUGCUUUACAUCUGCUACUUGAGCAGAACCUAUCAAAGUGGGGAGAGCAGUCUUAACCACACCUGCACCAGACAUCGAAAGUGUUUAUAUACCACAUAGUGGCUUCCGUCACACUCCUGGAAAGUGCAGAUCAUUCUUAGGAGAGCCCUAUUCUCUGCACAGAACAGCAACCCCAGAAUGGUUUUCAUAAUCCAUCCCUAUUCCCAGGAUUCUUUGGGGUAAGCCUGUUAAAGGGCAGCCUUACAACAGCCCUGGUGCUUCAGUUGUGCCCAUUUCCAUGUAAGUGGAGAGAAGGUUUGGGCUGAUCCAUGGGCUGGUGGAAGAUCUAGCUAGCUGGGAUGCGAGAUGCUUGAAUAACAAUUCCUGGAUAAUUGGUGGGGUGUGUUUCAUAGUUCCUCAAACAACUUUUGAAAUAAUCCUGAGUUUGUUGAAAUGUGCCUGGCUAAUUUCAAACACUGCUAGGAAGCCACAAGAGGUGUUAGCUAAGGCUUCAAGUUUUUUCUCUGCGUGCCAAAGACAUUGGAGUCUCCUCUUCCUUGCCCUUUGCCUUCACUAUGUAUCCCUGCCAAAACAUCUGCAAUUCUUCCAAACACCCAGCUUCUACACUUCAGUUAUGCAAAUGUUGUGCAGCUUAUUCUAAACACAGUUAUUAUGUCCCCCCCCCCCCGGCACACUUAGUAUUCCAUGUAGCCCCCCAAAUAGCAUUCCUUUGUGUAACUGCUUCAGCUAAUACUAAAUGGAAUGUAAUAGACAUGCACAUGCAUGCCCUAGGGAUCAAAUGUUCCACGAGGAGUUUGUCCAUAAACAGCUAAUUAAUCCUAUUAAUACAAGAGAUUAAUUUCCAUUAUUAAAUAUCUCAUGUAAUAGCCUCCUUCAUGCAUUGCUAAGAGUACAGGGACAGAACCUGAUGUUAAACACAUUACAUGCAAAGCACUUGAUCUGUUGCAUGCUGACAUCUAAAUUCAGUUGGAACUUUGCCCAAUCCAUGCUGUGGAUGGCAGCCUUAAUAUAACUAGACGCCAACUCUUUUACAAUGUCCUAAAUUCCUUCCAUAAUAAGUUUACUUCCAGUGAGGUGUAUUAUUUAAAACCUCUGCCCAUUUUUUAAUGAAACAGGCACCUACGGUAAUUUACUCCAUUGGCUAUUCCAAAGAGAAUUCUUUUUGCUUCUUUUGUCAGCAUUUUUUGAAAAAUAAAUAAAUAGUUGGGGGCAGUUGUAAGAUUACUAGCUAACCUCUCCUCACAUAUCUAUGUGGAACAGAUUCAAAAGGGAUGAUGGAAUACCAGGGAGUUGUAUAAUUUCGCUUAUACAUGGGAUUGUUCCUUUUUUGUUUGUAUGCAAUGGUAAAUGUCAAAGCUUGAAUUGUGAACUUGCUGAGAUAAAGGUUUGAAUUUGUAUUUUUUUAAAAUAGGUUUGGUUUUAGAAGGGUAUCUUUUGGAAACAGAAGAGGGGCUGGGCAUGUAGGCUUGAUUCCCAAACUUACCUCUCAUUCACUAGCUGGCGUUUAAUCCUGGUUUUUGUGUUUGAAACAGAAUUGGUGACGACAAUCUAGCAGAGGCUUGACAACCAUAUGUCAGGAGUGCUCUGAUGGUGUUUCCUGCUUGGCAGGGGGUUGGACUCGAUGGCCCUUGUGGUCUCUUCCAACUCUAUGAUUCUAUGAUUCUAAUCUGUGACAACUGCAUCCUGUCCUGUGUGUGGACGGCUUCAGUGGCUGUGGCACAUGUCCUGGACACCAGAUAGAAGAGUUCUGGGGAACAGGAAACUCAGCCUUCCCUCCCCAAUUGGGUGCCCUCUGGAUGUUUUGGACGGCAACUUCCAUCAGGCUCAGCCAGCACUAUGCUGGGUCUGAUCAGAAUUGUAGCACAAAACAUCUGGUGGGCUCCAGGUUUUUUUGGGGGGGGCAAUAGAUUAAACUAUUUGCCUGUCAGUUGGUUGAUUUGCGUGGGGGUUGUGUUGUGGUUCAUUGCGCACGUGGGUGGAGCUUACAGGAGUCCACUCUGCCCACUCUGCCCCGUCCCCCUCCUGUUCUGCUUCUUCCCCCUUUUCCAGCCACUUUGAGGUCACAGCAAUGCAGUCAUGCAUGAUCACACGUGCUUUGAAUGCACACAAAGUGGUCGUUGCCUGUACUUUUCUUUUUCUCUUCUUAAAAAAAAAAUCAAGCAUGUGAGAAGGGGAAUUGGAGAAAGUUGAAAGUAUGCAGUAAACAAUGAAUGAAGCAACUGCAGGGGUUGCCAACAUGUCACCUGGGGGGGGGGGGAGGUUGGGGCUGGGUGCCCACCAGUACCUUUGAUGGUGCUGCCACCUGGCCUCUCUGGUCGUUUUUCUCCUCUGCCUCCUUCCAGUACCCCAGGGCUUCCCCAGGCCGCUUCCAGUUGCCUCAGGAGGAGGAGGCAGGGGGCACCAUUUUCUGUUUUGCCUCAAGUGGCAAAAUGUCUUGGGCCAACGCUGCUGGCAGCCAUACAAUACACAAGUUUAUCUUAAAUGAGCCAGGCCCUGUGGUGACAGCCAGAUUGGGGGAACUCAGUUUGUGCUUAUCUUGGUGAUGAGAAACUGGAGGGCAAUUUGUGCCUCAGAUGAGCAGGAAAUGUUAUGCCAGCUGGCCCUGCCUCCCUGCCCUCUCUCCAAGGUUAAAGGCAAGCUGAACAGAAGACUUGUUUUCUUUUUGUUUCUCUCUCUACCACAGGGACUGACGAUUUGAAAAGAUGACCAGGUGCUACUACAACGAGACCAUUGAGUUCUUCUACAACAACAGUGGCAAGGAGCUGUCCCGAGUUUGGAGGAACAAGGAUGUUCUGGUGGUUGUUCUGGGCCUGACGGUCAGCAUCAUUGUGCUUCUCACCAACUUGCUGGUCAUUACAGCCAUUGCGAUCAACAAGCGCUUCCACUAUCCGAUCUAUUACCUGCUGGGGAAUCUGGCUGCUGCCGACCUCUUUGCCGGCAUUGCUUAUUUGUUCCUGAUGUUCCACACGGGACCCAACACAGCCCAGCUUUCUCUCAAGACUUGGUUUGUCAGGCAGAGCCUCCUGGAUACCAGCCUGACAGCCUCUGUGGUCAACCUCCUGGCCAUUGCGGUGGAGCGACACCAGACAGUGUUCACCAUGCAGCUCCAUAGCAAGAUGUCCAACCAGCGAGUCAUAAUCCUCAUUGUCUGCAUCUGGCUAACAGCUCUGCUGCUUGGCCUCAUCCCCUCGUACGGCUGGCACUGUCUGUGUAGCCUGAAGGACUGCUCAAGGAUGGCUCCGCUCUACAGCCGAAGGUACUUGACCUUUUGGGCCAUCUCCAACCUCUUCAUCUUCCUCAUCAUGGUGGUCGUCUACACUCACAUUUUCAUCUACGUCAAGAGGAAGAUGGCUCGCAUGUCCAGGCACACCAGCUUCCAUCCGCGUUACAGGGAGACCAUGAUCAAUCUCAUCAAGACAGUUAUCAUUAUCCUCAGUAAGUAAAUGUCUCAUCAGACCUCCAGUUUCUUUGCAGUCAAGAAUUUCUUUCUGGGAAAGAUGCAGAUGCAGACUACUUGCUUCUGCUGACACCUUCCUUGGCUAUGGAUUGGUAGGUGUCCCUUGUUGUUGGCUGUUUGAAAUGCCAGCUUCAAGGAAUGAAAAUGAAUGGAGGAUAUCUCUGUUCUAGACAGAGAUUAGCUUGGUCUGUUGGUCACAAUCUCAACAUAUAAUGCACCAGGUUGAUCCUUCGGUGGGUCUAUCCCAAGGAUUGCCUUCUGGUGGCCCAUAAACUAGAAAUGAGAGAUGAUCCCUGUUCGAAUCUGGCUUUAAUAAUAAUAAUAAUAAUAAUAAUAAUAAUAAUAAUAUAUUAUUUGUACACCGCCCAUCUGGCUGGGUCUCCCCAGCCACUCUGGGUGACUUCCAACAAAGAUUUAAAAAUACAUUAAAAUGUCACAUGUUAAAAGCUUCGUUAAACAGGGCUGCCUUCAGGGAAGCCACCCUUUGAACCCACUCAUCUCCAAACCAAGGCAAGGUUUUAUGCCUUUAGCAGAUUAUGUCAAGAUAGUCACUCAUGCCAAAUUGUCACCUAGAUUAUCUGAAACAAGCCUCAGUGAACCUCUGGCUCAUGCACACCCAGGGGUUUAUUUUGCAAGGCAACAGACAUUUUGUCUGGCAAAAUACACUUCUGUCCCCCAUACCACUGUCUUGGAAUGUACAGCAAUCCUGAGAAUAUAAACAUUAUUUUCUUAUCUGUCCUUAUCCAUCUUUUUGUCUCCUUGCAGUCUCCCUUUGAAAUCUAUAGUUUAACCCUUGAUAGUUUAUAACGGUGGUUACUGGGGGAUUUGCACUACAAAUUGUACUAGUCCACACUUCUUUUUCUUCCUCUACCCGGCCUUAUUUUAGUUGAGUCUACUACACCCUUACUUUAGUUUUCUGUGGGCUUAAAUGGUGGUGGAAGAACUUGCUUCUGUAACUCUUACCUGCCAGGAGGUAAUUCUUACUCUCCACAGGCAACUAACUGGUUUGAUAAUUUCAAGACUGACUUCCAGAAGGUGUACAUUAUGCCACCCUAGGUCUUCCCAUGUGUCUGCAUGCAUACUCUUGGGAUGAUCAAGGUCUUACUUAUUUUCAUCUCUGUUUAACCUUUUGGUCUUCAAAAGAGUAUUGAUGGCCCUCCACAAAGUGUGCAUGGAGUCCCCCACUGGACUUGGGUUGAGUUUGUGCUCUCCUCUUUCCAUGUUUAUCCUUGUAGUGAUCAGCUGCUGGCUUGUGUUUCUGCAAAUGAUUCUCCAAGAUGACCAGUUCACAGGGCUACUGAAGUGUGCAGUGGCUGGCUUUGCAAUGCCUGGGCUAAGAAGUAAAGUGGGAUCCAUGCCAUCCAUUGAUUAAGUGUGCAGGGGCCAUGUUGCAUCAGAGUUGGGUCCCCAGCUGUUGUUGGACUACAACUCCCAUUAUCCCUAGCUAGCAGGAAGCAUCUGUGGUGAUGUGGGCUUUUGAAUUAGUGACUUUCAAGACAUAAAGCCAAGUUAGCAUGAAAGAGCCAGCUACUAUGAUUCACCCCAGAAGUGGCUAAGCUUUUUCUUCUUCUUUUUUCUGGUGGGGUGGUGCACACAAUAUUUGACUUUGCCCAAAGGAAGCAGGGCUGGAAUUGAGCCAGGCCUUGACAGGGUUGUACCAGAGAAGUCUGCCAAAGUUUGGCUCCCCGAGGGCUUGGAGGGAGUCAGGAGAACGCUGCCAGGUCCCCUGCUGUGUGGAUGCAGCAUCUUGGCUGUGUGUUGGCGCAUGUGGAUGUGUGACAGGAUCUCCCUGAGGACUUGGAAUGGCCAGAUGAUGAUGAUCUGAGGAAUGUAUGACAGCACCAGAGGGGAAAUGAAUUUCAUUCUUCACACAGAAUAGCUUUUUCUCAGAGGAUAAAGCUUUAGGAAGCGGAUAGCCAAACUCUGUAACCACACUGAUUCUUUGAGAAUAUUGGCUUUAGCAGCUUUCCCCUUUGAAUAGGUAAGGAUGUCCACAGGCCCGGCUCCAGGUUUGGGAUGAGCCAAGCUGUGGUGCUGUGUCUGGCUGUACACUGGGAGCAGAGCCAGCCUUGCUCCUGGUGGUGCCAGCCAGUCCAGAGGGCUCCACCCCUACUCCUCGCCAAAUGAGCCUCAUUGACGACAGCAGCAGGAGCAGCAUGCCCUGCUGGUUUUUGUGCCGCCAGACGGAGUGGUGGUCCCAUAUCUUCAUUCAGUUCUUUGCUCCUAUUGCUGCUUUAGAGUGAGGGUGGCCAAUGAGGGUGGCCAAGGGGCGGCGGGGGGGGGGGAUCAGGACUUUCAAAACUAGGCAGCCAGAGCCAAAAUGAACAGUUAACCAGGAGGAGAAAUGCGAAGUUCAAAUAUUCAAGUGAUGCAAAAGUCGUAUUAUGUUAGUUACAUGAUGUCCAGGCCCCUGGAACUGGGGAUAGUCGUCGGAUUUAGUGCCAUCAGUGUAUAGUAAGCCCACAACUUACACAAGGGUUACUUUCUGGGGAUCACAACCAAAGCCAAAAUCAAAACCCACUGGGUCAAGGGCAGGUGGGAUUGCCAAAGUCAUUUUUCUCAAAGCUCUGCCCUUAGGGGUUUUUUGGGGUUUUUUUGUUUUUUGCCGCACACAUAAAGCUGAAUGUGUACAAGUUAAAUGUGUGUAAUUUGUAAUUUGCAGCCUUAUUGUAAAGUAAAAAGCUAAAGGACCCCUGGAUGGUUAAUUCCAGUCGAAGGUGACUAUGAGGUGUGGCACUCAUCUCACUUUCAGGCUGAGGAAGCCGGCAUUUGUCCACAGACAUCUUUCCAGGUCAUGUGGCCAGCAGGACUAAACCGCUUCUGGUGCAACAGAACACCGUGAUGGAAACCAGAGUGCACAGAAAUGCUGUUUACCGUCCCACUGCAGUGGUACCUAUUUAUCUACUUGCACUAGUGUGCUUUCGAACUGUUAGGUUGGCAGAAGCUGGGAUGGAGCAACGGGAGCUCACCCUGUCAUGUGCAUUUGAAACACCAACCUUAUAAUAAGGUUAUAAUUAUAAUAAGGCCCGGGGCGGGGCCUGAAGCCUCACAGGGACUGCUGCGCUCUGCUGCCCAGGAGGACUCUCCUGUGUGAGUGUCUGGGGGCCCUGCUCCUUCCUGUCACUUACCACCUGGCCCAGGGCAGGGCCUGACGGGCCUCACUAGGACAGUUGCUGUUACUGCUGGAGGGGUACAGAGUGCUUUUAAAAUGUUUUUUAAAAUUUUCUUUUGAAUUUUUUGUUGGUGGGGGGGUGGGGGUGGGAUGGAUGUUUAUUGGGCCUGGAAAUUUGUUUGAUUUUAUGUUUUUGUAAUUUUUACUGUUUUUUGUUUGCAUUGUUUUAUUGGUGUUUUUUUUUAAGGUGUUAUUUUGUUCUUAAGGGGAGGGGUCAGGGCUGCCGGGGAGUGGGUCCCAGCCAACAAAAUGGCUGGGGCAUGUUCCACAGGGGGGGAUGCACUGGGACAACCGAUCUCAGUGAUCACGGGUAGGAGGAGGAGUUACGCUAAGACCAGACCAUGUCAUUACAGAGGAGGCAGGUUUAGUCAUUGUCUGAGGACUAUCCCUGCCUCCGGGUCUGGUCCUGACCGGAUGGAUACUAGAAUCAGCAAGGGAUACCCACAUGACCUGAAGGUGCUGCUGUGCAAUGCCAGGUCAAUGAUUCAUAAGACCACUGCCAUCCAUGACUUGAUCAUGGAUGGAGGACUUGACCUGGCAUGUGUGACAGAGACUUGGUUGGAUGAAGCAGAUGGGCCUGUCCUUGCUGCUGCUUGUCCACCAGGUUUCUCUUACGCACAGCAACCCAGGUCAUGUGGGCGCGGAGGGGGGUUGCAGUGAUUUUUAGGAAGUCAUUAGUUUGCACCAGGCGUCCUAUUGGGAAGACCCAGUUUUCCGAGUGCAUGUUCUGGAAGUUGGGCAAUAGGGGCAGUACAGGAUUCCUUUUGGUUUACCGACCUCCCCGCUGCACCAAGGAUUCCCUGCCCGAGCUGCUUCAGGUUGUGGCAGAUGUUCUCCUGGCGACACCUAGCUUGGUUGUCCUAGGGGAUUUUAACAUCCAUGCCGACACGACCUUACAAGGGGCUGCUCGGGACUUCGUGGAAAGCAUGGCCUCCAUGGGGCUGUCCCUGAAUAAGUCUGGCCCAACCCAUAGCCAUGGACAUGCCUUGGACCUGGUGUUUACCUCUAUGGAUGUUGGUGAUCUGACACUAAGUAAAAGCGAAACGAAAGAAGUGCCAUGGUCAGAUCACUUCCUGGUGCAACUGGACUUUUCUGCGACUCAUCCCCUCUGCAGGGAGGUGGGACCAAUUUGGAUGGUCUGCCCCCGCCACUUAAUGGAUCCAAAUGGCUUCCAGAGAGUGGUAGGGGAUGCUUUAUCCCAUGUUGAUGGCCUUUCAGCCGAUUCCCUGGUGGCCCGCUGGAAUGUGGAGUUAACCAGGGCUAUUAACUGUUUGGCUCCGAAGCGCCCUCUCCGAUUGCAUGGAGCCCGGACAGCCCCGUGGUUUUCCACGGAUCUGAGGGCAAUGAAACAAUCGUUGAGACGGCUAGAGCGCUGGUGGGGGAUAACUCAUUCCGAAUCUGACCGGACACAGGUUAGAGCUCAACGUCGAGCCUACCAAGUGGUGAUAGCGACGGCGAAGAAUACUUUCUUCGCCGCCUCUAUUGCAUCUGCAGAAAACAGCAGCAGGAGACUUUUUCAGGUGGUUCACAAUUUAGCGGAACCACCUGCGACAUCUGGGCCCAGUACGGGCCACAUGAUCUCCUGCAAUGAUUUUGUAAAGUUUUUUGCAGAUAAAAUCGCUCAGAUUCGGGAAGAAGUAGACUCCACCGUGGGAGCAGGGCCAGGGCGGGAGAGUGCUAGAGUCCUGUCUAGUCAAGUUGCGUGGGAUCAAUUCCAAUCUGUUACCUCCGAGGAUGUGGACAGGCUGCUUGGACGAGUGAAGCCAACCACCUGUCUCCUGGAUCCUUGCCCAUCCUGGCUUAUAAAAGCUAGCCGGGAAGGACUGGGCAAUGGGCUUCGUGGGGUGGUGAAUGCUUCCCUCCGUGAGGGAGCCUUCCCAGCCCCGCUGAAAGAGGCGGUUAUUAAACCGCUUCUUAAAAAACCAUCUUUAGAUGCGGCCACGAUGGCCAAUUAUCGCCCAGUCUCAAAUCUUCCAUUCUUGGGCAAGGUGAUAGAGCGAGUGGUUGCUGAACAACUCCAGGCACGCCUGGAAGAAACGGACCAUUUGGAUCCCUUCCAGUCGGGAUUCAGGCCUCAUCAUGGGACUGAAACUGCCUUGGUCGCACUGGUUGAUGAUCUCCGGCGGGCUAGGGACAAAGGUGAGAGCUGUUUCCUAGUUCUGCUGGAUCUCUCAGCGGUGUUUGAUACCAUCGACCAUAACAUCCUUCUGGACCGUCUUGAGGGGCUGGGAGCUGGGGGCACUGUCAUACAGUGGUUCCGCUCCUUCCUCCUGGGCUGUGUUCAGAAAGUGGUGGUGGGGGAUGGGUGUUCAGACCCCUGGGCUCUCACUUGUGGGGUGCCUUAGGGUUCUGUCCUCUCCCCCAUGCUUUUCAACAUUUACAUGCAGCCACUGGGAGAGAUCAUCAGGAGGUUUGGGCUGGGUGUUCAUCAGUAUGCGGAUGAUACCCAGCUCUACCUCUCUUUUAAAUCAGAACCAGUGAAGGCGGUGAAGGUCCUGUGUGAGUGUCUGGAGGCGGUUGGAGGAUGGAUGGCGGCGAACAGAUUGAGGUUGAAUCCUGACAAGACAGAAGUACUGUUUUUGGGGGACAGGAGGCAGGCAGGUGUGGAGGAUUCCCUGGUCCUGAAUGGGGUAACUGUGCCCCUGAAGGACCAGGUGCGCAGCCUGGGAGUCAUUUUGGACUCACAGCUGUCCAUGGAGGCACAGGUCAAAUCUGUAUCCAGGGCAGCUGUUUACCAGCUCCAUCUGGUACGUAGGCUGAGACCCUAUCUGCCUGCAGACUGUCUCGCCAGAGUGGUGCAUGCUCUGGUUAUCUCCCGCUUGGACUACUGCAAUGCGCUCUACGUGGGGCUACCUUUGAAGGUGACCCGGAAACUACAACUAAUCCAGAAUGUGGCAGCUAGACUGGUGACUGGGAGUGGCCGCCGAGACCAUAUAACACCGGUCUUGAAAGACCUACAUUGGCUCCCAGUACGUUUCCGAGCACAAUUCAAAGUGUUGGUGCUGACCUUUAAAGCCCUAAACGGCCUCGGUCCAGUAUAUCUGAAGGAGCGUUCUGCCCAGACACUGAGGUCCAGCUCCAAGGGCCUUCUGGCGGUUCCCUCACUGCGAGAGGCCAAGUUACAAGGAACCAGGCAGAGGGCCUUUUUGGUAGUGGCGCCCGCCCUGUGGAACGCCCUCCCAUCAGAUGUCAAAGCGAUAAACAACUACCUGACAUUCAGAAGACAUCUGAAGGCAGCCCUGUUCAGGGAAGUUUUUAAUAUGUGACAUUUUAGUGUAUUUUUCAUCUUUGUUGGAAGCCGCCCAGAGUGGCUGGGGAAAUCCAGCCAGAUGGGCGGGGUACAAAUAAUAAAUUAUUAUUAUUAUUAUUAUUACUUUGGGUUUCCUCAUUUCCCAGUUCAUAUCACAAGUACAGUGGUACCUCUGGUUAAGAACUUAAUUCGUUCUGGAGGUCCAUUCUUAACCUGAAACUGUUCUUAACUUGAGGUACCACUUUAGCUAACGGGGCCUCCCGCUGCUGCCUCGCCACCACUAUUCAGUUUCUGUUCUCAUCCUGAAGCAAAGUUCUUAACCUGAGGUACUAUUUCUGGGUUAGCGGCGUCUGUAACCUGAAGUUACAUGUACCAUUGUACAUGAUGGUGUAAGUCUAAGUUUUUGCAGGCAAGGACAGAAGAUGUAGUUGCUUUGACAACCUCCAAAUACUUGUGUGGGUGCUGGGCUUUGCCUGCUGUGGUGUUUAUUUCAACUUAUGACCAGCUGAGUGGACAGAAGCGAAACAAAUUCAAAUGAACAGAGAGGCUAACAUAGAUUUUUUUCUGGGGGGGGGGUGUACUCAUGCAAGUGGGCUCUGCAUGUGCCACGUGUCCUCCAUUUUUCAGGGUACAUAAUGUGAUCAGACCCUGAGCACCUUGGAGUGCGCAUGUUUAGAUCCUGUGCAGACACCACCUCAAACAUGUGGAAGCUGGGCAAGGGACCAGCAGGUGCAAUCCGUACUUCCUGCUGUAUUUGUCUGUCUGCUUCCGCUCCCCUUCUCAUGCCCUCUGCACUUUUUGCCAUUCUGCUCCUUCCACCUGGGUCCUCUGCUGCUGCUGCAGUGACAGCACCUGCUCCUGGUUCUUCAAGCUGUCUCCAAACUCCCCUUGUCUGAAUAAUUUUCUCUGGACCACCAGAGGCUCACUUUGCGCAGCUUGCUUUGUUACUUCUUACCAUUCUCCCUUUCCAAGAGCAGAGGCUGUCAUUUAACCACAGCAGCCCUGUGCGUAAUAUGGCUAGGCUGAGCGACGGGAUGCCCUAGGCCACCAGGCAAAGUUCAUAGCCAAGUGGAUUUUGAAAAGGGCUGUGCAAAGGCAGGGCAGGGGAGGCUGUUUCUCUGUUCUUUUUCAGUAUAUUUGUUUUAGGGUUUCCCCUGUUUAUUUCAGUGGGCAAUCCUAACAGGAUUCUGAUGCCCUGAUUUUGGUGUUCGCCAUCCAGAUGGCAGGAACAUUGCAAACUUGGACUACUUGCUACAAGCCACAAUACUUGCCAAAUUGCAGGUGCAAAGAAUCCCAGUUUUAUAGGCGGUUUAAAAAGGUGUACAAACACAGUCCAACUGCUAUCUAAACUGUAUAGGGUUUCCAAUCUAUCAUUCUUUUUAAACGAUAUUUAUUAAAGUUUCAAAGAAAAGAUUACAUAGAUAAAAAGAAAAGAAAAAGAAAAAAAGAGAAAAAAUACAAAAUACAGGAAAAAGAUAAAAAACACUUAAAAAACAACAACACAUCGAUCUUUCCAUAACUUACAUUUCAUUUCCUUACUUCCCUGACUUCCUCACACCUCCCUUUUUUGUAUUCCAGUUCUAUUAGUUAAUUCAGCAAUUCUUUCCCUCUUUGUUUUUGUCUUAAUCCUUUAACUUAAUAUAUUAUAACUUUGGAUUCUCAUCUGUUAACAAUCCAUUUUUACAUACACCUUUAUAACAUUGCUGCUAAGACCACUUAAUUUCAUUCUGACAUCAUUCUAACAUUCAUUAAUUUUGCAAUAUUUCUGUAAAUAGUCUUUAAAUUUCUUCCAAUCUUCUUCCACCAACUCUUCUCCCUGGUCUCGGAUUCUGCCAGUCAUUUCCGCCAGUUCCAUAUAGUCCAUCACCUUCAUCUGCCAUUCUUCCAGAGUGGGUAAAUCUUGUGUCUUCCAAUACUUUGCAAUAAGUAUUCUUGCUGCUGUUGUGGCAUACAUAAAGAAAAUUCUAUCCUUCUUUGGCACCAAUUGGCCGACCAUGCCCAGGAGAAAGGCCUCUGGUUUCUUCAGGAAGGUAUAUUUAUAUACCUUUUUCAUUUCAUUAUAGAUCAUCUCCCAGAAAGCCUUAAUCCUUGGGCAAGUCCACCAAAGGUGAAAGAAUGUACCUUCAGUCUCUUUACAUUUCCAACAUUUAUUAUCGGGCAAGUGACAGAUUUUUGCAAGCUUGACUGGUGUCAUGUACCACCUGUAUAUCAUUUUCAUAAUAUUCUCUCUUAAGUCAUUACAUGCCGUAAACUUCAUACCUGUGGUCCAUAACUGUUCCCAGUCAGCCAUCAUUAUGUUAUGUCCAACAUCUUGUGCCCACUUAAUCAUAGCAGAUUUCACCGUUUCAUCCUGAGUAUUCCAUUUCAACAGCAAGUUAUACAUCUUUGACAAAAUCUUAGUUUUGGGUUCUAACAGUUCUGUUUCUAAUUUUGAUUUUUCCACCUGGAAGCCUAUUUUCUUGUCCAAAUUGUAUGCCUCCAUUAUCUGAUAAUAAUGAAGCCAAUCUCGCACUUUGUUUUUAGUUUCUCAAAACUCUGCAGUUUCAAUCUAUCUCCCUCUUGUUCCAAAAUUUCCCAAUAUUUCGCCAUUUGGCCUCCAUAUUGAGCUUUUUCUGAGCUUUCGCUUCCAUCGGUGACAGCCACCUUGGGGUUUUAUUUUCCAGUAGGUCUUUAUAUCUUAUCCAGACAUUAAACAAUGCUUUCCUGACAAUAUGAUUUUUAAAUGCUUUAUGUGCUUUGACCUUAUCAUACCACAAAUAUGCAUGCCAUCCAAAUACAUUAUUAAAACCUUCUAAGUCCAAAAUGUCUGUGUUUUCAAGAAGCAGCCAUUCUUUCAGCCAGCAAAAAGCUGCUGAUUCAUAAUAAAGUUUAAGGUCUGGCAGGGCAAAUCCACCUCUUUCCUUUGCAUCCGUUAGUAUUUUAAAUUUUAUUCUAGGCUUCUUGCCCUGCCAGACAAAUCUAGAGAUAUCUCUCUGCCACUUCUUGAAGCAAUCCAUUUUGUCCAAAAUUUGCAAUGUUUGAAAGAAAAAUAACAUUCUAGGCAAUACAUUCAUUUUUAUCGCAGCAAUACGGCCUAGCAGUGAAAGCUUCAAAUUUGACCAAAUUUCUAAGUCUUUUUUCACUUCAGCCCAGCAUUUUUCAUAGUUGUCUUUAAAUAGAUCCCCAUUUUUAGCUGUCAUGUUAAUCCCCAGGUAUUUCACUUUCUUAACCACUGUUAAACCUGUCUCAUUCUGAAACCUCUCUCUCUCAAUUGCAGUUAAGUUUUUCUCUAAGACCUUUCUUUUUAACUUACUCAAUUUAAAUCCUGCAACCUGACCAAAUUCUUGAAUCAGUUCCAAAACCCUUUUAGUACUAGAUUCUGGCUCCUGUAAUGUCAGUACUAAGUCAUCUGCAAAUGCUCUCAAUUUGUACUGUUUAGCUCCGACUUGUAUACCUUUAACCAAUUGGUCCCUUCUAAUCAUAUUCAGCAGGACCUCCAGGACCGAUAUAAAAAGCAAUGGGGAGAUUGGGCAACCUUGUCGUGUCCCUUUUUCUAUCUUAAAUUCCUCCGUCACCACGUUAUUUACAAUUAAUUUAGCCUUUUGUUCUGAAUAAAUUGCACUUAUACCGUUUUCAAAGCCUUGGCCUACCCCCAUCCCCUGUAGGUUCUUCUUCAUGAAACUCCAUGAAAUAUUGUCAAAGGCUUUCUCCGCGUCCACAAAUAUCAAAACUGCCUUGGUUUUUAUAUUCACUUGUAGUUUUUCUAGAAUAUUGAUUAUGUUUCUCACAUUGUCAGACAAAUGUCUACCCGGGAGAAAGCCUGCUUGAUCUUUAUGUAUCUCUUCCAUUAGGACUCUUUUUAGUCUUUUAGCCAAAAUGUCUGCAAAGAUUUUAUAAUCCACAUUGAGCAAUGAUAUGGGGCGGUAGUUCUUAAGCUGGGUCUUUUCAGUCUCUAUUUUCGGUACAAGUGUAAUAUACGCUUCUUUCCACGACUCUGGUGCCCUUUUCCCACCCAUUAUUUCGUUACAGACUUCCUUUAAAGGUUGUACUAGCCAUUCUUUCAAGGAUCUGUAGUAUCUAGAAGUCAGUCCAUCCGGUCCUGGAGAUUUACCUAGUUGCAUAUUCUGAAUGGCACCUUCCAUUUUUACUUUUCUUCCUCUGUGCCCUCUUUGUGAACUGUACACAGUGGGCCAGACUCUUUCCAGAACAAAACAUUGCUGCAAUGGAUGGAUGGAGAAAUUCAGUUUGGCUCCAUGAUAUGGUCAUGGAAUAGCUGUUUUCUGUCUUUGAGAUAGAUGAGACUCUACACCAGUCUCUCCCAGCCCAGUGUCCUGCUGAUGGGAGUUGUAGCGCAAAGCGGCUGGCACACUGGGUUGGGAAUGGGUGCUCUACACACAUCCUUUCUGCAGUAGAGGCUGCAAAGAAGAGGCCAGAAGUCUCCGCUUCCAUUUUCAGUUCCAUUAUGUCCAAACCGUCAACUGUUGUUAAUUUUAUCUAUGGUUUUUUAAAGCCAGCUGCUUCAUUGUCUUGCUUCAGUAAACCAUUUUGAAGAUUAACCUCUUUUAACCUCUUGAUGGAUAGUAACUGGCAGGUUGCACUUUCUACUGUAUAGAAAUAGUCAUGGUACCUGCUUACAGGGUCACAUGUAGGUGCUGCUAAAAGUGCAUGAAUAAAGGCACCUUUAUUCAUUCUUUAUUCAUUCUCUCAAACCAAUAAAAACUCUCUGUGAUGUACUACCAGUGACAAGAAUCCCUUCUCUAGAGGUUUUUUUUUGGGGGGGGAGGGGUGUUAUGUAUGGUGUAAUCCUAUCUGCCUGGGUUUGUAUGAGCUUUUAAGACACCCCAUGCAGCUAGGAACUUCACAAAGGAAGAAUGAUCUUGACCUUUCUUCUGGAGAGGACGGGUGGAAAGUUUUCAGAUAAAACCUUUUGCUGGGUGACAGUAGUUUGUGCACUGCUUUAAGCAGACUUCUAGUUAAAUACACCUCAUAAUCAGUUAAAAAUAUUAAAGGGGUCAGUAUUCUGAUCACUAUAGUUUUACCGUUCCCAUACAGUUACAAAAAUUGUGUGUUUUUAUUUGUUUUGGAAGCAUUACUUGGUGUGGGUGACUUGUUGAAAUUAGCAUUUUCCAAAAGCUGAAAUGGGGCUGGAGAAAUCAGAUUCAGCUGGCGAACCUGAUCCUGAGCUCCCUGAACAGACCACAAGGAUGACAUGAGGGUCACAGGCCUCCCUUGCUGUUUGCCUUCCAGCACAAGUGGAUCCUGCAAGAGUAUGUUUCAGUGCAGAGUGCUGCCCUUAGGGUUCCAGCUAGCCACGUCCUUGUCAGGAUACGUACGCCAUUCCAUCCUGAAGCCCCCUUUGCCCUUUCCCCCUGGUUGCUUCUUUCCUCCAGCCAUCGGUCUGGGCAUGCGCUGGCCCUCGCUGAGCUCUGCUGUAAACCCAUGCUCAGUCCUCAUGGGGUAGUUUCUCCCCUUAAUUUUUGUUUGGUAUUGGUACUUCUGGAAACCUGGCGGCUUCCCCCAAUUUGUAGAUACUUCCCAUGUUUAUAGCUUGAGGCUGUCACCAGUUGAAACUCAUCUGAGAAAUUGUCUUAAGAGUCCUUUAGCCAGUUGACAGCACAGUUAUGUACUUGGUGCCUAGAAAAUUAGUGGUUUAGAUCCCAAGGGUCCUGAGGAAGCAUUUGUGUGUGAGAGGUUCAGUGCAGAUAACAUGUUCUUGAGCAGAAAUGUGCUUGUUAUGGUGCACUCCGUAUGCUCCUUGGGGUGUGUGGGCUGACCCUUUUUGGGCUCCCUCCCUCCCUCCUUUCUUCCAAAGGAGAAUCAGUUUGGUACCCAAGCUAUAGGACAGCUUGACUUAAUCCGAUAUGCAGGUGUUGAUGGAUGGUGCUCUCACGCCCUUGACUUUGGCAUGCGGCUGGCUACCUGCUUUCUGCAACAGAUGUAUCCGCCUGCCUCUGGCAUGACCAGAAUUUCAGAAAAGCCCAAGGUUGGAUUUUGCUAAGCUCUUAGGCUCCUGUGUGCUGUGCUAUCCUAAACAGUCGGCCAGAGGCUACUCUCUAGCUGUGCAGCAGUGGCUUUGGAAAUGAAGGACCCUUGGAUGAGUUCUGCUGGGGAAGCUGAGUGGUCGGGGUGGGGGUGGGCUGAAGCAACAGGGGAGCUCCAGCUGUAAUGAGCUCCAGCUGAGAACAGGGUGGGGUCCUGUAAUAAACCUUGAUUUGAGUAGAAAAAGAAUCACCAGGGAGGCUUGCAUGGAUAUUUUUCAUGCACACUUAUUUGUGUUUAGAGGAGCAGGGCAGAUUGUUUGUGGUUUUGAGGGAUAGUGAUGCUUAUUUUCAUGUGGUCAAAAAGUUUCCUGGCUACUUUUGUGGAGGCGCGAGAUCCAGGUUUGAACAUGUUUUCCCCUGGUCAGUUGGCAACCUGAGGAUAAGGGGUGCAACUUUGCAGACCCUAUUUUUGAGAUAGAUUCAACACUAAAUAUAUAUACUGUAUAAAAAAGUAGUGCAAAAGCAUCUCUUGAUAAAGACCAUGAAAGUCUGAUAGCCAUGAGAAGAGAUGGAGAAUUCUAGUCUUUUCCUCUUAAAGUUUACCCAGCAGCUGUCUAGGAUCACCAGGUUAUGAGAAGAAGACAAGGCUCCUGCAGCUUUUCAUAAUGACGUAGAUGAGGGAAUUUCUGCAGAUUUUGUCAUUUUGAAGCAUAUUUACUCCACUCGUCAGCUGAAAAGGCUCCCAGAACAACUCACAAAGAUCAGUAGUCAGGCAGCCCCCUCAAAAGUCAUGACACAUAAGGAAAAAGGGAUGGGGAGAGAAGCAGAAAUGCAAGUUAAAGUAGCAGUUCUUUUAAAAGUUACAGUUCUUAUUAGAACCAGCUGGGAUGAAAAUUGUUCAUGUAGCCUAGUAUGCUCUAGAUCUUUUUAAUUCUGAAUUUUAAAUUGUAACCUGCCCUGGGACCUGCUGGUGAAGGGCAGGUAUUAUUAUUAUUAUUAUUAUUAUUAUUAUUAUUAUUAAACAGCAAUGGCUGGGCAUCAGUUGAGAGAGGAAUGGCCAGAGGUCCUGGCAGCAGAGCUGAUGGGGUCGUCCUGUGCCCUUUCUCUGUGCUGAACUCUGAUGGAAUGACUGAUGCAAGAAUCUUGUUCUUAACCGGGGAAUACCAUUGAGGGCGGCUCCUCCUGCUGCUUUCAGAGCAGUGUGGGAGCAGAAGUGUGUGCUCAUCCACCACGCAAGCAUUUUCCACAUUUUUUUAAAAAGUGCUGAGCAUAUCUAAAGAAGUGUCCCGCCCCUUGGAACCAGGAGGCCUCUGAUCUCUUCCAAAUUCUAAAGAGAUUCCUCUCUCCUGUUCUUAGGUGCCUUUGUUAUCUGCUGGACCCCUGGACAGGUGGUGCUCCUGUUGGAUGGCCUCGGCUGUGAAAGCUGUGACGUGUUAUCGGUGGAGAAAUAUGUCCUGCUUCUGGCUGAAAUAAAUUCACUCAUUAAUGCCGUCGUCUACUCCUACCGGGACAAUGAGAUGCGCAGCACUUUCCGGAAGAUUCUCUGCUUUGCCUGUCACAGGAUGCCAAAGUACUCGCCUGCGUCAGUCAAGUCCAGCACCACAGAGCACAGGAUAUUGCCUCAGAAUGGACAUCCAGUGAUGGACUCCACACUCUAAUCUGCCAUUUUCAGGCUCCUUCAUGCUGGUUGUCUGAAGCCAACUUUUUGGUAAUCAAUGGGAGACCAGCCUGUCUUGAGGCUAGAGACCAUGGCUGCGGUGCGACUGGGAAAGCGCUGUGACCAAGGUUAUCAGCCAGGGUCUGUAGAAGACAUUGUUGUAUGUGUGGAUGAGGACAGCCAUCUUGGUUUGUAGCACCCAACUGUGACGAUGUGCGCCCCCCCCCCAACAGAUGGUGCUGUAUUGUAACUGUAGAGACCACAUAUCUGGGAUGCAGUGACUGUUCACAGAGCCAAGGAAUGAAUCAGCACACUUGCUUUGCAUGACACCUUGAAAGGCACCUUAAAAAUGCUGUUGUGUUAAGAACCUGUUCAAAACUGGAUUGCACCACAGCUGCUUCUUUCCCAAGCUAACAAGCAAGUCUCCCUCUGUCUGUUAACACCGGGGUGGGCGGGGGGCAGGCUCUUAAGACAGACUCUUGUUUUCCUAGUUCUUUUAAGCACACAAAUGUUUGGACAGUCUUUGAAAAAUGGUGGAAUGAAACCACCGGGAUACCUGCCUUUCUGUUCUUGCACAGUGCUGUUUUAAGCAAGCUGUCCUGAGGGGUGCCAUCGCCUGCUAUGUCAAGGUGCUCGUCUAGAAUGUUUCUGUGUAGGGUGAAGAACUUUCUGUCCCCAGCCUGUUCAGUAUUACUGCCUUCUUGGCACAGUCAUUCUAGGGCUGAGACCCAAAAGCCCGCAUGCCUUCUGCUACUGCACAAACUCCCCAAUAAUCUGUUACAACCUCUACCCCCUCUGUGUUUUAUGCUCUUGGAGAUUCCAGGUCAAGAUGGCCCAGUUGCCAGCUGUCCUUCUGGCAACAUCCACAGUAACAAUUAGGUUGAAUUAAUGGUCCCAUUCUAUCUAGGAAGAGACACCGCAGCAGCAAUAGGCAAGAAUUAAGCAUGCCAAGAGCAAUUAUUCUUUUCUCUUUUUUUGAAGGUUGAUGCUUGGAGGUGGAGUUUGGCAGCUUAGCUGACGCUCAGAUAGUGUGGUGCCCUCCAGGUGUUGUGGGACUACAGCUCCCAUCAUCCCUGCCCAUUGCCCAUGCUAACUGGGGAUGAUGGGAUUUGUAGUCUCACAACUGGAAGGUCCUGUGUUGGCCACCCACCAGCUGAUGACUGAAUAGUUUAGCUUGCUAAGUAUCAUAUUCUUCUGCCCAGGCUUUGUUUGCUCCCACAACUCAUUUGCUGUAGGAAAUGGACCCCCUGCAUUGUUGAAACAGAGACAUGAUGCCCAGUUAGAGGGCUGGUUCCAUCAUGAGGUCUUGUCUGUAAAAUGUCAUUGUUUCCCCCCACAGGCUUGGCCUUGAGUUGCUUUAGAGUCACUGGGUGAAGAGUCAGUCAGCAGGUUUGCUCCUGUGCCUUGAAUAAUUGCAUAGCAGGCAGAAGUUUGGUGGCUGAACUCAGCCCACCCCCUCAGGGAGAUUACGAUGCUAACUGUGCUUCAGCUUUUCUUCCAGAUGUGCACAGUUGAACCCAGGUGUCCCAAAGCCAGCAGCCCUAUAAGCAUUCACUCUUCUGAGUUGGCCCAUCAACAUGCAAAAAUAUGAGUUGGAAGAACCCAUGCUUCUUUUCCACUGUGUAAAUUUCACAAUUUGCAAUGCACCCUCCCCCCCCCAACCACCUUCUCUGGAAAACUGUGAAGGGUUUUUUAAUAUAUCAUAUAUGCCAAGAAUAAAAUAAUGUGUUGGUAGACUGACAAAAGUGAUUGGAAUAAUAUGGUUAGCCUGGACUGAUGCGAAGGUGUCCUUCUCCCUUCUGCUCAUGUUGCCUCCUAAGCAGGGGAAGGGGGGAAACUGGCCUCUCCUCCUGCCUUUGGUAGCCACCUGACCUGCACCUAUCAGCUGGUGGCACUUUUCAUGGCAUAGAGGUAAGACUGUUCCCUGUCAAUGUCUGCAGAAGAAGCUGCUGUUAAAGGCACAGGAUCAGGCCUCACUCCAAAGGGAUGGUGAGCCUAGACCAUUGUGUAAGUCAGCAAGUGUCUUAUGUUGUGCAUGCACAGGUGCACUCUGGAAGUUUUGUCCCUGCUGUGGUUGUGACUGGAAGAAGCUGUUCAGGGUGGGCAGAGAAUGUCAUGAGCUCCACCAUUCAUUCUCACCACUUUUCACCGUGGAAGGAGGCAGUGAUUCUUACCAAAGCUGCAGCAGGAAGGGAUUUAUAAAAAGUGUUUUAUUGCAUACGUUGGUUGCCAAUGCUGCUGCAGCCUCUAGGUGAUGUACAAUGCAAUCUUAAAACAAUCCAAUAUAACGGCGCAACUCAGAAAAUGAACACAUGAGCCAAGCAUCAGUUUACAGGAAGCAUGAUAAUAAAAGACACUAAAUACAA